AUGGCCAGUAAGUCCAAAUUUAUUGACUAUAUUGACGAAGCUUUGGAAAAAUCAAAAGAAACUGCGCUUUCUCGCUUGUUUUUCACUCAUCAGGGGAUUCCGUACCCAAUCACCAUGUGCACCUCAGAAACUUUCCAGGCCUUGGACACCUUUGAAGCCAGAAGUGAUGACAUAGUGCUCGCAUCUUAUCCAAAGUGUGUUUUUAAGAGAAUGAAACAGUUUCCAUCGCCAAGGAUUUUGGCAACUCACCUCCAUUAUGACAAAUUACCUGGGUCCAUCUUCAAGAAUAAAGCCAAGAUAUUGGUAGUAUUUUGAAACCCUAAAGAUACGGCAGUGUCUUUUUUCCAUUUCCACAAUGAUGUCCCCGAUAUUCCAAGCUAUGGCUCUUGGGAUGAAUUCUUCAGACAGUUCAUGAAAGGACAAGGUGAAGUUGGUGAUUGGAAAAAUUUGUUCAGUGAAACUCAGAACCAGGAAAUGGAUGCAAAAUUCAAAGAGUGCUUAGCAGGCACUUCCCUAGGAGCAAAGCUGAAGUAUGAAUCCUAUUGCCAACCUUGAUUUCUGGUUAAUGCUGUAGGC